GAUUUGUAGCGCGUUAAUUCUAGCUUUUAAAUCGUAGUGUUCUGUCGAUGGCGCAUUUUUACCACGUGACUACCCAACGUCCUACUGCCGUGGUAAAAACGUGUACAGGCCAUUUUACCAGCCCAAAUGAUCUGAACUUACUGAUAUGCAAAAACACAUAUGUUGAGGUUUUUGAAGUUACAUGUGAAGGCUUGAAAUUGAUUCGAGAUGUGCCUAUUAAUGCCAAAAUCGUUGCCGCUAGUCUGUUCAGACGAAAAGAUCGUGAAACGGAUUCGUUAUUUUUACUCACUCACAAAGCUGGUGUCGCUAUCAUUGAAUGUGUGCGAAGCAAUGAUUCAGUUGAGUUUGUCACUGUCGCUUCUGGAAGUGUAGAGGAUAGAAGUGCACGAAUAAUCGACCAGGGUUUCGACGUUCUAAUCGACCCUGGUGCCAACUAUAUUGUUGUACGGCUGUACCAUGGGCUUUUAAAAAUCAUAUUACUCCAAUGUAUUGGCGAAAAAAUAGGCACUGAUUUUCUAGAUACAAACCAGUGGACUGUAAAUACAUACAGCGUGAGAAUCGAAGAAGGUAACAUUGUUGAUAUGGCCUUCAUAUAUGGCUAUAGUUUACCAACAUUUGCUAUGAUUUAUGAGGAUGAGCUUGUGUUGCAUAUGAAAACAUAUGAAAUAUAUGGACGGGAGCCCGUACUUCGCAAUGUUCAACUGACCCUAGAUUCCAUAGAACCUGAUUCUAAACUUCUUAUUCCAGUUCCGAAACCCUAUGGAGGCGUUAUUUUAGUCGGCGACAAUAUUAUAUGUUAUCAUACCAAAGAUGGACCCCAUAUAUCUCAGUACAUUCCACAAGCAAAGGCUAGCCAAGUACUGUGUUACGCUGCUGUUGAUGCACAACGUUAUCUACUGGGUGAUAUGGCUGGGCGCUUAUACAUGGUACAUUUACUCUCCGAAGAUAUUUCUGCGGCCGCUAGCAAUGGUACAAGUACCUCUGAUAGUCUUUCAGCAGUUCGAAUUGGUUCUAUCCGAAUUGAACUUCUUGGGGAAACUGCGACACCUGAAUCUAUAGCCUACCUAGACAAUGGAGUUGUAUUUAUUGGCUCAACACUUGGGGACUCACAGUUGAUUCGUUUAAAUCCUGACCCAGAUCCUGAGCGUAAUAGUUAUAUAACUAUUUUAGAAACAUAUACAAAUAUUGGACCGAUAGUUGACAUGGUCUUAUUAGAAACAAAAGGUCAGAAUCAAUUGAUCACUUGUUCAGGAGCUUAUAAAGAAGGAAGUUUACGUGUUAUACGCAAUGGAAUUGGGAUUCAUGAACAUGCUACUAUUGAUCAAGAUCUAAUUAAAGGUGCUUGGUGCUUCCCGAUUGAAUCUGAUCGUUUCGAUGAUACAAUUGUAGUAUCUAUGGUUGGUCAGACCCAACUUCUUCACCUUGCGGAUGAUGAUAUUACAGCUCUACACUUGGAAGGCUUUAAGACUGAUGAACAAACUGUUUAUUGUGCUACACUAUCACCCUCUAGUGAUUCACCUAAGCCAGAAUGUAUGAUGAUUGACGAGAAUAAUAAUACAUUAGAUCCUUUACUGUUACAAGCAACAACAAGUGGCUUACGCCUAAUUGGUAUUCAAUCACUUUGUGGCAAAGGUUGUUUAACAGAAUGGAAACCACCAACUGGACGUGGAAUCUCUUGUCUUAGCUCAUUUCGUCAUACUAUCGUUGUAGCAAGUGGGACAGAAUUAUAUGUGUUAAAAGUAGUUGGAGAAUCGAAUAAUCCAAAAUUUGAACAAGUUUCACAUAGACAAAUGUCCCAUGAAGUGGCUUGUAUUGAUCUAACUCCCUUUAAUCAUGAUCGUGCAAUUGCAGCUAUUAAUGCAGUGUCAUCAAAUUAUAUAGAUCCAACUUCAUCUUCUACUCUUGAUAAAUCUGUACCAUCUUUAGUUGCAGUCGGUUUAUGGUUAGGACAUGGUCUCGCUUUACUUAAACUUCCUAAUUUAGAACUUGUUCAUGAAGAACCUUUACCGGAGACAACAGCAUCAACUGGUACAGCUCUAUUACCUCGUUCUGUAUUGAUUGCUCAGUUAGAGGAUAUGGCUUAUUUAUUUGCUGCAAUGGGUGAUGGUACUCUUUACUUUUAUACAAUUGAUCCUUCAGAAGAUCGUGUUUGUUUACGUGAUCCCAAGCGUGUCAGUGCAGGCACUGGACCUUCAAUGUUUCUAAGACAAUGGCGUUCACAACGUAAAGUGAAUGUAUUUGUUUGCUCAAAUCAUCCUUGUGUAAUAUAUUCAAUUAAAAAUAAAUUAAUAUUUGCCAAUUUAAACUUGAAAGAAGUGAAUUUUAUGACUCCAUUAAAUGGAUUAUUUUAUAGUGACUGCAUUGCACUGGUUACUCCGACGGCACUCAUCAUUGGAUCAGUGGAUGAAAUUCAAAAACUUCACGUAAGAACUCUGCCUUUAGAGGAAACACCGAAACGUCUUGCAUUACAGUCAGAGACCAGCAGCUUAGGUGUUAUUACAUAUCGUCAAGAAAUGUUUCAAGAAGGUAUGGGAUUCAAACCUGUUCGUUCAUCGAUAUCUUUAUCACAGAAAAUUCCCAAGUCAGCUAGCCGACUUCCAAAGACUGCACCAUCUUCUGUCUCUGCUACUGAACGAAAGUUUCGCGAAAUUGAAGUUUCAUCUCUGCUCAUAUUCAAUCAAUCUAAUUUGGAAAUUCAAUUUGCACAUAAUUUUUACUUCAGUCAAACAUUAGUUGAAGUAGCUGUCAGUAUAGCUUCUGUUCAAUCUGAUAUUCAUAAUGGACCAUUGUUUGCUGUUGGCACUGCUUUCUUAGUAGAAGAUGAAGUGGAACCAUCUAAGGGACGAAUCCAUUUAUUCCGUUGGGAUCCUGAAUCUUCUAGAUUGGACACAGUUCUAGUGCAUGAUGUGAAUGGUUCUGUUUAUCGAAUAGUGGAUUUUAAUGGUCGUCUACUAGCUGCUAUCAAUAGUUCAGUACGACUUUUUGAUAUUAAAGAAGAUUCUUUACGAUUAGCAUGUAGUUUCAAUGAGAAUAUCAUUGUACUUUUUCUUCGUCGCAAAGGUGAUUUCGUUCUUGUUGGUGACUUGAUGCGUUCACUAACAUUGUUACUAUUCAAAUCAAAUGUUAAUAAUUUUGAAGCUAUUGGACGACAUCGUCAUCCUCGUUGGACAACAUGUAUUGAAAUCCUUGAUGAUGAACAUUUUCUUGCUGCAGAAGUGGAAAAUAAUCUUUUUGUCGUUUCAAGGGAUCUACCAGAAAAUACUAAAGAACCAAGUUUUCGUGCUUUAUUAUCAUCAUCGAGUGACUCAUGUGUUUUACCAUCAUUAUCCAGUCAACUACAAUCCAAUAAUGCUUCAUCAUCAAAGACCACCGGUUCAUCAACUCAACCUGACAAUACCACUAAUGAUAAUAUUGUUGCUUCUGGCACUAGUUCUACUACAACUUCAAUGAGUUCAAUACCAUCAUCAGUAGCAGAGGGUCGAAGUAGUAGUACACAAUCAACUCGUCAUUUUCUUGAUUCUCGUCUAACUGGCAGUAAACCAAAUUCCAGUGGUGUAUCAGGUGAAAUGCAACGUCUAGUUGAUUGUGCUUAUUUUCAUACAGGAGAUUUUGUCAAUGUAUUUGUACGUGGUAAUCUUGUGCUUCAGAAUGCUGAAGAACGCUGGGCUGCUGUUGGUUAUCCUGGUCACCUUUACGGUACUGUUAACGGGGGUUUAGGUCUUCUUGUUCAAGUUUCUCCAGUUUUAUUUGCGUUUUUGAAAGAAAUCGAGUUUCGUUUGUCAAAUCUGGUUGUACCUGUCGGUGGAUUUUCACAUGAUACAUGGAGAGCUUUUAAAGCUGAUCGUGAAAUUAAGAUGUCGCAUAAUUUCGUAGAUGGUGAUCUCAUUGAGACAGUUACAGAUUUAAACAUGGACGACAAGGCUAAAUUAGUCAAAGGUUUACGAAUACCGGUAUGUAACAUUCUUUUGGUUUGAUCAUUACAAUUUAUAUAAUUAUCGACACUAAUAUUUCAGUUAUAUACUUACGUCUUUUACCCCUCGUGGAGGAACAUAGACCGCCCACCAAAAUUCUCCAUCCAACUUUGUUCUUAACAAUCCUUUCCAGUUGCUAUUCAUCCCUUUGGUGUUUGCUUCCGAUUUCCGAAGUAGUGUGUUCUUUGACCUUCCUCUUUUCCGUUCCCCUUCAAGAUUCCAAGUUAGCGCUUACCUCAUGAUGCAGUUUGAUUCCCUAAAUGUGUGUCCUACCCACUUCCAACGUCUAUCCCUAAUUUCCUCUUCAACUGGAAGCUGGUAUGUUCUCUCCAACAGGAAACUGUUGCUGAUAGUAUCGGGCCAAUGGAUGUUGAGUAUGUUGUGUAGACGAUUGUUUAUAAAUACUUGUACCGUUUUGAUUAUGGUUGUAGUAGUUCUGGAAGUUUCUGCUCCGUACAGUAGAACUGUCGUGUCUUGUUUCGGAUAUUGGUUGACACUUGUUUUGAGUUUCAUAUACUCUUCAAGUGUAGUAAUGCAGCCCUUUGCCAAUCCUCGCCUUCUCCAUCGGAUCCUCCUUGAUCGUCGGUGAUGCAGCCCAGUUACGUGGAAGUUUCCGUCUCUACCAGAGCUUCUUCAUCAAGUGUGAAUUAGUCGGUGCUCUCAGUGUUGUAUUUGAGGAUCUUGCCUUUUUCUGUAUAUGUUGAGGCCUACUGCUGCUAUACUGUCCUUCUUCACUUGUAUUUGUUGGUAGGUAUGUGUUAUUUGCGAAGUUCAAAUCGUCUAGUUGCAUGCAGGCUGUCCAUUGUAUUCCGUGCUUCCCGUCAGAUGUGGAGGUCUUCAUAAUCCAGAAGAAAGAGAAAGGGGGGAGUAAAUAGCUUUGUCUGACUUCGGUCCUCACUUGCGUCUGUCAGCUGUCUCCCAUACACGACUUCGCACUAUAGUCCGUCGUAUUAUUUAGGUAGAUCUUUAUAUAAUUAGGGAAUUGCGUUGUUACGUUUCGCUGAAGUGUUUCCAUGUUGUCAACACUAAGACAUUUUUUGAAACCUGGUUUCAUUUAUAUUAGCGCUAUUCCUAUUUGUUACUUUUUGUGCGAAAUUGAAUUUUUUCACUUUUUGGGGUUCUACUACCACCGUUCUCGACUCUCAGUACAGACUGAUGUAGGUCAGAACAAAGGUAGUAGGGUCAAACUAAGUAAGAUACCAGUCGAAGAGAAGUCGGAUCAAAAACCUAUGCAUCAAUUCAAGCCCGAACUCGGCGCGCAGAAACGAUAGUUCCAACCUCUCAUAUUUCCUUGGUCCUAACUCUCUUCUGCAAAAGGAAAACCAGUUCAGUCUUUAGCAUCAAGGUCUAGAUGAAUGUGCUCAGAACACAUCAUUGAUAAGGAACUAUCCAGCCUCCCACAUAUACUCAUCAAUAAUAAGUGUCCAUCCAGAAUCGUUGAGCGAAACAUGAAGCAUACACCACAAUCUGCAAGACAUCAUACAAUUCCUAAUAAAUCAUUAGCUGUUUUGAGUCGUGCUGGUAGGAGCAGACUGCCAGUUGGUUUCAGUCAGGAAUAUAUGUGGGUAAAUGACCAUGACUGGGAGAUUUACACACCUCUGCACCUUACCUACUGUCUGGUCUUUAGUAUGUGAAUCUGCCCGACAUAUAAACCUCAAUCCGUUAGAAGGCAUUGUGGGCCGAAUAUACUUUUUGACUCAACUUGUACUCCGACAUAGAAAUAGAGAACUCAAGCGUUUAUGUAGGGAUUAUAUGAAAAUCUCCCAGUACAAACAACAAGCCUAUUCGUUAAGUCAUUUUUUCCUAGCGUAUUUGGAGGGGUCACUGUAAGUGUUCUUAGGAAUGAAAUAAGAAUCCUUUAUAAUGGGAUGCACUUGUGCGUGGAAGGAAUUCGGUUUACUGCAUAUUUACCUUUGAAGCUAACAAGCACAAUCUGAAGUUUUACUGACUACUGUUGUUUGCAUUCUUUUAAGCGUACGCACUCAAAAUUUCGUAUUUUUCAGGUGAACAUGAAUGAAUUCGGAACUGCUGGUUCAACAUGUACUUCUGAUCCUGAAACACGAGAGUGUACUGUGGAAGAUUUAGUCAAAGUUGUUGAAGAAAUGUCACGUCUUCAUUAGUAGCAGAUAAAUCAUACUAAAUGUUUAUAUCGAUUUAUUUAUAUUGAUGCAGUUAUUGCUAUUCAUUAUCUUUACUUUUGCCUUUGAUGAUGAAAGCCGCUAGAUUUUUUUAAAGCCAUAUUUUGCCACCUAAUUAUUCCAAACAUUUUAAUUCUGUACAUGUUUCCUCUUUAAUAAUACACUUUUUCAUUUAAUGUAACGCCCAUAUAAAUAUAUUAGAAGUUCGUCGAAAAUUUGUCCCAUCCUUCACUACAUUGUUGGUGUUAGGGUACUGCUCUGCUGCUUAUAUUUCUUUAAAAAUAUAUUGUUUACACCAAUUCUUUUUUGUCCUGUGAAGUAUUGCUCUACUUAAACAUUCAGAAACUAGGUUUUUCAUGAUG